AUGGCCGCAAAAAAGAGAGCAACAAACAGCAAACAAACCAAAACUGUACAAGAAGAGCACCCAGCAUCAGAAACUGAACAGAACAACAAUGUGCAAGAAGAGUUACCAAAAAAGAGACAACAUAACGAAAUACAACAAGAGAUAGAACAUGAGGAAUCUAAACCAUCAACAAGUUCACUGGAAGAAAAAAUGGCUAAAUUAAAGCAAUUGCAAAAGCGUCGAGCAACAGAAGUUGAACAAGGCAAUCGACGUGAUCGUAAUUUGGAGUUUCAGCGUAGUAAAGAAAACCCAAGGCUUGAGGCAAAACUCGAGCGAAAGAAGGAGGAAGCAUUGAAACUAUUGGAAAAACAAGAAGCCAGGGAUAACGGAGAAGAUUUUGAGAGAAAGCAGUUUUGGAAAUAUUCGGCCGAGUCUGCAGAAGCUUGGGAAAAGAAACAGGCAAAGAAGGCAAAAAUGGCAAACAAUGGCUUUACAGAUUACACACAGCUUGCACAUAAGAAAUAUGUUCGCUUGAUGUCUGAAUUUAAGCCUGAUUUGUCCACAUACAAAGAGAAACAGCUUGAAGUAAUUGAGCGUGCUAUUCGCAACGGAGAAGAUCCUUCUGAUGUUGUAGCGAUGGCAAAUAGUCUUGAUUAUGCUAGUGUGAAUGACAAGCCUUCUAAGGAAGCUAUUGAAAAAUUGGCUGCAGAAACAAAGAAACAAAUUGAAAAGCGUGAAACACGAUCUCGUGAACGUAAAGAAAUUGUGGAUGAUAUUUCAUGGAUCAACGAAAAGAAUCGUGUCUUUAACCAAAAGAUUGCUCGAUUUUAUGAUAAGUAUACAAAGGAGAUUCGUGAAAACCUCGAGAGAGGUACUGCAUUGUAG